ACAAGGUCAGGUGCUCCACUUUGAAUAACAGGUAGUGAUUUUAAGACCUUAACCUAUUGAUCUUUUUGUUGCAUUGAUAGGUUUAAAAUUUGGAAGUGGCACAGAUUAAUACAUUUAAGGCUUAUUCAAAAGUAGGUAAUUUAAAUGGUUAUGUCUAAAUCAAUCACUUAUGUAUAAGAUCAUAAUCUAGCGGUCUUAAUAGGUAUGCUAUUGUGAAAAAAGAUCCCGUGAGAUCGGAUUUUUAUUAUUGAAGUUUUAAAACUAAAUGUUUACAUUAGAAUUAUGAGAUAAAGCAGGUGCGGAUUUGGGAGUCACAGCACUUGGGGACGAAAUUCUAAUUUUCUCAUUAAUUUCAAAUGGUAAUUUGUUUUGCCAGAUGUCUAAAAAACUGUAAAGUUUAAUGAAUACCAAGGAAUAAAUUGUAGAGUUACAAGACAUGGAAUGUUUGAAUACGAUUAUUGCGAUCGCGCCCCAAAGUAAAAUAGUACGUGAGCCGCCCAUUGAUAUUGAACCGCAUUUAGAAAUGGCGAUAAGAAAAGCUUACUUUUAUUGAAAUUGAGACGCAUAGAAAUCGCUGCUCUUAAAUCAAGUGGACAUUAAAGUGAUAAAACAUCAAAAACAACCCACAGACUGUAUACUGAAUCUGCAUGAUAUUAUAUCAAAAUUUUCUCCACGGAUUGGGGAACUGAAAUGAUGGAGGAACGUUUUUAAAUUUGAAAAUUACAAUGGAAUUAAAAAGGGGGGAUAAGCUCUGGAAUUAAGGGAGUUGUAAGCUAAAUUUGAUCACUUAUGAUGGAAGUCCUAAAACGAAAGAUUGGAGAAAAUAAGGCAGCCAUCUUGCGUGACCUUGACCUCACUAGAGAUUUACUUGCCGCCUUAACGAAAUACGAAGUCGUCAACAUUACGGACUGUGUGAAGUUACAGCAAACUGAAGACAAAUCUGCUAGAAACUGCGCCUUUUUGGACAUCAUAGUUGGCAGAAAUGAUGACGAAGCCGUCUAUAUUACUCUGAUAGAAUGCCUACAAAAAUGUGGACAGAGAAAUGUGGCAGCCCUCUUCAUCGAUGUGAGAGAAGAGAUGCAGAUACUGAGCCAAAUUCAGAGUAACCUAGACGAACAAAUAAAACAGAUGAAUGACUUCCUAGCAACAGAAGAACGUCGAGCGGGGAUAUAUCUAACAGAAUCGCCUGCGGAUGACGAUAAUGAAAAACCUGCACUGUCUGAAACUGAAGUUUGGUCUAAAGUGCAAGAAAGUCUUAAACGUUCCCAACAACAGCUGAAUCGAUGUCAGGCCGUUAUCCAAAAACUGCAUCAAGACUGCGAAACGGUUGCUAAGCAGAAUGCCGAUAUUGUGGAACACACUAAAGAAUGUGACGCUAAAAUAAAAGCGGUAUUGUCGUAUGGUCGACAGUCUGCCAAACAGAAAACGGUUCCAAAGAAAACUCAAGAUUUAUUUGCAAAUCUAAUGGAUGAUAUAGAGAAGUUAGUGAAGACUCGACGAAAGGUUUUGGAUAAAGAGACGGAAGGAAGGAGACAUUCAACAAGAAUUGUUAGACAGUGUAGAGAUUGGGUUGAAAGUAGAUGUGUAACACUUAAGAAACUGAACAAUCCUUCGGGUCAAGGUGUUCAAAGAACUUUAGAAAAUGGAAUUGGGGAAGCAGCUGUUAAUGUUCAAAGAGCGGCGCCACCUACAAAUGACAAUGCAAUUUUGUCAAUUCUUGAUUCUCUGCAACUUUUUGAAAAAGAAUUACAAGAAUACGUUCAUCAAGAAAUUAUUCUUUCGGAUAAAUUCAGAACUGAAAUGAGAAAAAAACAUUUACAAAAGAAAUUGCAUGGUUUCAACAUACAAGGGAUGACUGAAAUCGAAAACGCGUUGCACAAUUUAGAGAAAAAUCCCGAAUCUUUUCAAGAUAAUAUAGCUGCAAUUAAAUGUUCAGUUCGGGAAAUCAACAGAGAAUAUGGAGAAUGCGUUAGUUAUUUAAAUAAAGUUGAUCCAAACAGUGAUUCAGCUAGCAGUGAAUCAUCAAGCUCGUCUCCAAAACCUGCUAGACGAGACAAUAAAGCGACAGCGCGGAAUUGGCCUGGAAACUUUAAAAGAACAGCAAACUUUGGAGGCAAUUUGACUAGAAGCCUCGACAAUAAUCUUCACGUCGCUGGUCGGGAAAGAACGGAACCUAACCAAUUAUUGAACAGAAUAAAAUCUUUAGCAACCAAACAUGAAGAGUUGAAAAGUGAAGAUCUAAAUUUAAGUUCUAAAUACAGGACUGAGAUAUCAAAAAGGAAACGAGACAUGGACAUUGUCUUACAGAAAAAGGACGACCAGAUUAUGAGGCUUCAGACUGACAUUAAAGAAGUUACAGCUGAGAAAGACAAAUAUAAGAAACUGUAUAAUGACACAAAGAUCGGCUAUCAGAGAAACUACGAAAAUAGUUAG